AUGUUCCGGGCUCUGGACGCCGCGCUCGCCGUGCUGCUGGCCGCCUCCUUGCGGAGCACGGCGGGGGGCGGCCCGCCUCCGUUCUCGGCCCAGAGCUCCCCCCCGGACCCGUGCUACGACGAGCACGGCACCCCGCGCCGCUGCAUCCCGGACUUCGUCAACUCGGCGUUCGGCAAGGAGGUGAAGGUGUCCAGCACCUGCGGCCGGACCGCGGCCCGCUACUGCGUCCUCAGCUCGGCGGACAAGGCGGACGAGCGGAGCCGCAACUGCCACACGUGCGACGCGUCCGACCCCAAGCGGAGCCGGCCCCCGGCCUACCUCACCGACCUGAACAACCCGCACAACCUGACGUGCUGGCAGUCGGACAACUUCAUCCAGUACCCGCAGAACGUCACGCUCAGCCUCUCCCUGGGCAAGAAGUUCGAGGUGACCUACGUCAGCCUCCAGUUCUGCUCGCCGAGACCCGAGUCCAUGCUGAUCUCCAAGUCCAUGGACUACGGCAAGACCUGGGUGCCGUUCCAGUACUACUCCACCCAGUGCCGGAAGAUGUACAACAAGCCCAACCGCGCCGCCAUCACCAAGCAGAACGAGCAGGAGGCCGUCUGCACGGACUCGCACACGGACAUGUUCCCGCUGAGCGGAGGUCUCAUCGCCUUCAGCACGCUGGACGGCCGGCCGUCGGCGCACGACUUCGACAACUCGCCGGUCCUCCAGGACUGGGUGACGGCCACCGACAUCCGCGUGACCUUCAGCCGCCUGCACACCUUCGGCGACGAGAACGAGGACGACUCGGAGCUGGCGCGGGACUCGUACUUCUACGCCGUGUCCGACCUGCAGGUGGGCGGCCGCUGCAAGUGCAACGGACACGCGUCCCGCUGCGUCAAGGACCGCGACGGCCAGCUGGUGUGCGAGUGCAAGCACAACGCGGCUGGACCCGAGUGCGACCGCUGCAAGCCCUUCCACUACGACCGGCCGUGGCAGAGGGCCACGGCCCGCGAGGCCAACGAGUGCGUCGCCUGCAACUGCAACCUGCACGCCCGCCGCUGCCGCUUCAACAUGGAGCUCUACAAGCUGUCGGGGAGGAAGAGCGGAGGCGUGUGCCUCAACUGCCGCCACAACACGGCCGGACGCCAUUGCCACUACUGCAAGGAAGGCUACUACCGGGACCUGUCCAAACCCAUCUCGCACAGGAAAGCCUGCAAGGCAUGCGAUUGCCAUCCCGUGGGCGCCGCCGGCAAAACCUGUAACCAAACCACAGGCCAAUGUCCCUGUAAAGACGGCGUGACCGGUAUCACGUGCAACCGCUGCGCUAAAGGCUACCAGCAGAGCCGCUCGCCCGUUGCCCCCUGCAUAAAGAUUCCGAUUACGCCGCCUACGACGCCAGCCAGCAGUACAGAAGAGCCCUCAGAUUGUGACUCGUACUGCAAAGCGUCCAAAGGCAAACUGAAAAUCAACAUGAAGAAGUACUGCAAGAAGGAUUACGCCGUCCAGGUGCACAUUCUGAAGGCGGACAAGGCCGGCGAGUGGUGGAAGUUCACCGUCAACGUCAUUUCCGUCUACAAGCAACGCGAGAGCCGCAUCCGCCGCGGGGACCAGUUCCUGUGGGUGCGGGCCAAAGACGUGGCCUGCAAGUGUCCCAAGAUCAAGCCCGGCAAGAAGUACCUGCUGCUGGGCAACGACGAGGACUCCCCCGGCCAGAGCGGCGGCGUGGUCGCCGACAAAGGCAGCCUGGUCAUCCAGUGGAGGGACACUUGGGCGCGCAGGCUGCGGAAAUUCCAACAGCGCGAGAAAAAGGGAAAAUGCAAGAAACCGUAGACGGGGGAA